AUGGUAAAUGAAAUGGAAUCACUCGCACCGAUCAAACAACCCAUCGCCAUCCGUCCGGAACACGUUGUUUCAUCGACCACAACAAUUCAGGUGAAGCAACAUAGCGCAAGCUGGUCUAGCGGCAACUUCACAAUUUCAAGUACUCCAACUGCUGAAAACCCUCUUUCAAACAAGCUCUUUGGCGUCGACGGUGAUUUUGCGUCUUGGUCUCAGCGACGACAUUUUCGCGACGCCUCAGGGCUUCCCCUUUUCGAGAUAUCUCGGAAAAAGACAGGAGUAACAUGGUAUCUUCAACUUCCCGGAGAGGGCAGCAGUAAAGAAAACGCUUCCGAACCUAUUGCUACGGUUGUACCGAAAUGGAGUGCUCUCAAAGACAAGUUUGACGUGCAUCUUCGAAACGCUGCCGCAAAUGGAGAAGAUACAAUACUGGCGGUUCGCGGACAGAAUGUCUGGAAGUCCAAAACAAAUGUCUAUCACCAUGGGACUUUGGUGAUGACGGUAAAACUGACGGAUGUGGCUGCGGUGUACCUACCCGGAAAACGACCGUCAUGGGAAGUCGUGGUGGCAGAAGGCAUGGACCUUUCGCUGGCCUCAGUUCUUGCUGUUCUUCUGGCUACGGUGUUAUACCAGAGCAGUGAGGCACGAUCAGAUUCCCUUACGAACUCGAGUUACUGA